AUGGCGGGUGAAGUUGAAAAUCCACAGAUGAAUGAAAAACCACAUACUGUGUCUGGGAUUAAUUUAAGCAGACUAAGAGAGAAAGUAAAAUUUUACAUUGAAAAGCACCAGUAUGAGUCUGCCUUGUUCUGGGCAGAUAAAGUUGUGUCACUCUCUAAUGGUAAUCCUGAUGACGUGUACUGGUACGCACAGACCCUGUAUCUGACCGGACAGUAUCACAGGGCCUCACAGCUACUGAGGUCAAGAAAACUGGACAAGACCAACUCUGCUUGUCGAUACCUAGCAGCUAAAUGCCAUUUUGAAUGUAAGGAGUGGCAGACAGCCUUGAACAUAUUGGAUAUGGUAGAGAACAACAGUUUCCUCCCUUCCUUCAGCAAACACAAUCUGACAGACUCUCUCUAUGACCAGAGUCAUAAGGAGGUAGAACACUCAAUAAACCUACUGAGGGGUAGAAUAUAUGAAGCUAUGGACAACAGGAACUUGGCAGUGGACUGUUUUCGGGAGGCAUUGAGACAGGAUGUGUAUUGUUUCGAGGCGUUUGAUUUGUUGGUUCACCACCACAUGUUGUCAUCACAAGAAGAGCGAGAGUUACUAGAUACUUUGCCAUUUGCUGUUCAGUGCCCUGUAGAAGAAGUAGAACUAAUUCGAUAUUUAUAUGAAAAUAGGAUCAAAAAGUAUGAUAAGCCAAAAGAGCACAGAGUUCCAGGAUCCUUGUCUUGUUUAAAAAACAAUAAAGACAUCGUUGUUAAUUUGGCCGAGAGACAUUACUACAACUGUGAUUUCAGAGAGUGUCAUAAAAUUACAACAAAAGUAAUGAGUGAUGACCCCUACAAUACUCAGUGUUUACCCAUUCAUAUAGCAGUGUUAGUUGAACUGAAAAAAGCGAAAGAUUUGUUUUACCUCUCUCACAAGCUUGUGGACUUGUACCCUAAUGAUCCUGUUUCUUGGUUUGCUGUGGGAUGUUAUUAUUUACUGACAGAGAAGAGUGAGCCUGCUCGAAGAUAUCUCAGCAAAGCUACAACACUAGAUCGCGUGUAUGGACCUGCCUGGCUGGCCUUCGGACACUCCUUUGCAGCUGAGAAUGAACAUGAUCAAGCAAUGGUGGCGUACUUCACUGCCUCACAGCUGAUGAAGGGCUGUCACCUUCCGCUCCUGUAUAUAGGACUAGAACAUGGCCUAACCAACAACUUUAAACUGGCAGAACGUUUCUUUAGUCAGGCUCUAAGUAUCGCCCCAGAGGAUCCUUUUGUGUUACAUGAGAUGGGAGUCAUAGCAUUCAAAAGCCAGGAGUGGAGUACUGCUGAGAGAUAUUUUAUGGAUGCCCUUAGAAUUUUAGAAAAUAUUGGACAGGAAGUGAUUGUGGAAAAAUGGGAACCUCUCCUAAAUAAUCUGGGACACACAUACAGAAAAUUAAGGAAUUAUGACAAAUCCUUGGAGUAUCACAAACGAGCAGGAAUUUUAUCCCCACAGAAUCCCUCCACUUACUCCGCCAUUGGCUAUACCUACGUCCUCAAGGGAGACAACUUAAUGGCUGUGGACUAUUUCCAUAAAGCACUAGGAAUCCGUCGAGAUGAUCAAUUCUCUACCACCAUGCUGUCAAGUGUUAUAGAGACUUUGAUGUCCGAGAUGGACCCUUGUGAAGGUGCUUCAGAAGAUUUCCCAGCAUUCCCUACUCCCGGGAAAUUAGAGUUUUCUCACAGCAGUAGUCAGGAACUUAGUGACCUUGACAUCAAUCCUGAAGACAACUCAAGCAUGGCCAUAGAAGAAGUGGACAUGGAUGACUGAGUUGUAAUGAACCUAUAGAGACUGGUUGAUUUUAGAGCUCAUUUCAUAGAGAGACAGUCAAGGAAAUAUAUACGUAUCCCACAGUUUAGGCAUAUCUGGCCCACUGAUGCAUUUUAGCCACACAUUGAAUAUCCAAUGAGCUGUUCAAGAAUCAGCAAUUGAAACAUGCAUGGUCAGAUCAUUUUAAAAUGAUGGGCCUCUGAAUAUGUAUGCCUUAAUACCAUUUCAAUAUAUUGUAUUAAAUGAUAGGAAAAUAUUAAUUUAAUUAUUCAAGAUAUGAAAUGUACAAUAACAACUUUUACUCAUUCAGCUAUCAUUUGUAUUUAACAUCAAAUAGUUCAUAGAAUUUUCUUGGAAAGGAAUUGGUGUCCAUUUCAUUGAUAUUCAUAGUGAAAAUGUGAAUAAAUGAAUAAUGAUUAAAGAUUAUUACAGCAUUCUGUAUGAAAUGAAAAAAAAAUGAAAUAGGAAAUUCUUCUAAGACCCUAUAGGCUUUGUAAAUCUGAAAGAAAACAAUAUAUUGAUAUCUGAAAGGAGGGAAGCAUAUACAAUUUAUUACAAAUAAUGUAGUUCCAAAUUUUCAUAAUUUAAUGUAAUUUUAGUACUUUUAAAAAUAAAAAUUUUAAAUUGCAGUCGUGAAAUAAGUAAGAGAUGAAAAUGCUACUUUUCAAUACAUAGGUGUGUCCACAAAAUGCCUAUUUUUAUUGCAUGUCAUGCUGCCAACGAGUUAUCUGGUAGUGCUGGUAAGAAAGAUAUGCCAGGAGGUACAUGUAUACACAUUAAACCCUCAAAGUGUUCAGAAAUUAGCAUCCACAUGAAUUCAGUUUAUAGGGACUUAAGAUAUGUGUAUACCAUGCAAUUCUCACAAAAUAGCUGACGUCAACACAGAAGUGGAAUGAAUCCCAGUCAAAUUUAUUUAAUUUACAUUAAUAAUGAGACUGAGGGUUGAUUGUGUAAGAUUGAUGUGAUAUUAAAAUGAUGUAAUAUCGAUAAAUUUCAAUAAACUGGGAGGAUGUCUAUUCUUCUAGAUGUA